AUGUCAAAACCAUUACACAGCAAAAAUGAAAUACUGAGGUCCAACACUGGUUUGACCAUCAAUCCAUCCAAAGCCUAUUCACGCUCAGAAACAAGAGAUAAACUGACAGGACUUACUAUAAUUCAAGGAGGACUUUUCAGGCAAAGUCAAGCAAUCAAGAACAGGUUUCCAUCCAGGGCCACAGGUACACCAAGACUCGAGGAGCAUAUGCUCAUUGUCUUUUGUAUGCUUCUAGUGCCUUCCGUCCAGGUCAAGCAUCAGGGAUCCGAUCAGAGUCCACGGUUAUCAGUAUCCAUUCCAUCCAGGUCAAGCUUCAAGGUUCAGGUCAAGGUCCACGUAUCCAUUCCAUCCAGGUCAAGCUUCAAGGUUCAGGUCAAGGUCCACGGUUUUCCGAUCAAGGUCCACGGUUUUCCGAUCAAGGUCCACGGUUUUCAGAUCAAGGUCCACGGUUUUCAGAUCAAGGUCCACGGUUUUCAGAUCAAGGUCCACGGUUUUCAGAUCAAGGUCCACGGUUUUCAGAUCAAGGUCCACGUUUUUAGGUCAAGCUUCAAGGUUCACGUCAAGGUCCACGGUUUUCAGAUCAAGGUCCACGGUUUCAGUAUCCAUUCCAUCCAGGUCAAGCUUCAAGGUUCAGGUCAAGGUCAACGGGUUCAGGUCGAGGUCGACGGUUUUCAGUAUCCAUUCCAUCCAGGUCAAGCUUCAAGGUUCAGGUCAAGGUCCACGGUUAUCAGUGUCCAUUCCAUCCAGGUCAAGCAUCAAGGAUCCGAUCAGAGUCCACGGUUAUCAGUAUCCAUUCCAUCCAGGUCAAGCUUCAAGGUCCAGGUCAAGGUCCACAGUUUUCAGAAAAAGCAUCAAUGCUCUGAUCUCCCAGAAAUGGUCAUAGUGUCAGCCAUCCAGGUCAAGUGUCAAGGACCCGAUUUCCCAGCAAUGGCCAUCGAUGUCAGGCGUCAAGGUUGCGAUCUUCCAGCCAUGUGUUCAAUCAUCCAGGUCAAUCAACAGGAUUCUGAUCUCCCGUCCAUGUGUUCCGCCCAUCAUGUCAAGCGUCCAGGUUCCCAUCUCCCUGCCAUGGUUAUAGAUUGUUCAGUCAUCCAGGUCAAGCAUCUAGGUUCUGAUCGCCAAUCCAUGUCUCCAGCCAUCCAGGUCAAGCAUCAAGGUUCUACUCGCCCGUCAAUGGUGACAGCCAUCCAGGUCAAGCAUCAUGGUUCCGAUCGCCCGUCAAUGGUUAUAGCCAUCCGUGUCAAGCAUCAAGGACCCGAUCGCCCGUCCAUGGUUAUAGGUAUAAAAAACAUUAUGGGUAUACACUCACUAGUUUUAUCUAUUUCUAGUGUUCAGUCGUCCAGGUCUAGCAACAAGUGUUCAGUCAUCCGGAUGAAGCGUCAAGGACCCGAUCGCACGUCCAUGGUUAUAGGUUCUGAUCUCCUAGCCAAGGACAAGCAUCAAGGGUCUGAUAGCCCGUCUAUAGUUAUAGUCAUUCAUGUCAAGCAUCAAGGUUCCGAUCACCCGUCCAUGCCUCCAGCCAUUCAGAUCAAGCGUCAAGGACCUGAUCACCCCUCCAUGUGUUCAGUCGUCCAAGUCAAGGUUCAAGGUUUCGACUGCCCGUCCAUGGCUAUAGUCAUUCAUAUCAAGCAUCAAGGUUCCGAUCACCCGUCCAUGCCUCCAGCCAUUCAGAUCAAGCGUCAAGGACCUGAUCACCCCUCCAUGGUCAUAAUCAUCCAGGUCAAGCAUCAAGGUUCUGGUCUCCCCGCCAUGUCUCCAGCUAUCCAGGUCAAGCAUCAAGAUUCCGAUCUCCCCGCCAUGUCUCCAGCUAUCCGGAUCAAGCAUCAAGAUUCCGAUCUCCCCGCCAUGGGUAUAGGUAUAACAAAAAUCGAUGAGCAAUCACACUCGGCUUUAUUUAUUUCUAGUGUUGAAUCCACCAAGAUCAUGCUUCACGGAUCCGGAUUCAUGUCUACUCAUCCACGGCAAUUAUCAGGAUCCGAUUUUCAUGAAUUGUUAUAG